UGGCGGGUAAUUUGUUGUUCGCGGUGGGAAAGAAAAUCCAAACAUGAUGGAAUUUGACUUCAGUGUGGCCGAUUUGCAAGAUCUUUCGGAAUGGCCAGAUAGUCUAGAAUUUGAUGAAUUCUUCGAUCCAAGUGAGGUCCACGAGGAACCAUCAGCGAAACGUCGAAGAACCUCUACCGACAAGUCUCCCAAAACACAUGCAGUUGCUUCUGUGAGUAGAAAACCAGCGGAGUUAAACUGCAAUGGUCAUAUCUCAUCAAACAGAAUUAAAGAGGCACUCUGCCAAAAUGGUUACCUAACUACUGGUGUAUUUAGUGCAGUUCUGCAUCAUGAAGAUCCUUAUCCAGGACUAUUCUCAAACCAGAUUGUCAAGUUGUUUGGAGCCACAUUUGUCUCAGGCAGUGUUCUCCUUCAUCAAAUGGAAACAUUAUUCUUUAUGCUGAGGCAGCAAGUUUUUCGGUUGGAAAAUGAUGGAAGCAUCACAACUUUAUCUGAUGAUGUGCACUCCCGCUGUGUUGAGCUUCGAAGACUGUGCAGUGAAUUCUGUGCAUUCCUGUUGCAUUUUGCACACAAGCAUCUCCACGCAACCCAAGAUUCCGUCCCAGGUAACCCUCUUCUCCGCGAGUGGUUUCUUCUGCCGUCAAAACUUACCAAACAACUGGAAGAUUUAUCGCUGUUUCUCGGCCGGUUUUCUUCGCUUCCCAGUUCUUUUACUAUGAUAAACCCAGUGAAUUCAAUUGGUCCUGUGCGUUUAAAAGCCGGAGGACACUUAUUUCAUCUCCAUCUAGAGCUAAACUGGGCAGCCAUUCAAACAUUAUGUUUGAUCUUAACCGAGCAAGGUCAGUCCGACAGUUUUUCUUCAGAUCAAUUUGUUGAUGUGAUUAACAGCCUGAAAAGAUAUACAUUUUCAUUCCUUUGGGACCUGAUAGCGUUAGCUGUUUCCAUUUAUAACAAGGAAAACCAGUCAAACGUUCUUCAAGUAUGCCCAUUUCCCUGUGGCUGCGUGGGUGAACUGUGGAUCAUGUUGAUCCAUUUGAUGGAUCAUCUAAGCACCAAAACAGAUCUCGAGUCAUUCUGGUCAGCGGUUUCUUCCAUCAUGUCAGAGAUUCUUUAUCCCAAGGAGUCUGAGCCCGACAGUCAGGACUCUACCGUGCAGCCCUGGGCCCAGUCCUGUGCUCCUCCAGAUUUCACAGUGAAGACGCCUGUUAAUUUCUGUUGGUGGCUUUUGACGCAUUUGUCCCCACUUUACUGGUUUACAGACAAAGGGGUGUACUUCCAGAGGAAAAAGAGUUGUGUUCCUGGAAACUGGGUGCUUGCCCAAGAUCUACUCAAAGCAUCUCUUCUAAACAACAAGGAGAGUCAUGAAGAAUCCCGCUGCCGCUACUCCCUUCGCUGUUGUGUUUCGUUGUCUUAUCAUUGGUCAGCAAAUUCUGAUCUUAUUCUGUGGCUUUGGGAUUUCUUUCACAAGAGAUUGAACAAUUCAUUUCACGUUCCUGAGCAAUCUAUGCAUGGCUUUGGUCUUGUCAGCUUAUCUUCUCUUCAGUGGACGGAGCAGUGUUUGAACAGGUCUAAGGCUUCACAUCAAGGCAGUGUUGUUCCAGAGCAUGAAUCCAGUUUCACUCUCUUCUUACGGCUGGUGUCAGUUCACCUCACCAAAUUACUUAAGAGUGGAUCGUUACAGGCCUGGAAACAGAUGAAGGGCAGAUUCUACUCAAAGUUCCAUAAGCGCCGUAUGGAGGAGUUGAACAUCACAGGACUUCAUCAUUUUAUCACUCUUUUUCUUACUCUUUCCUGUGUAGCUGACCUAGAAGAUGUAGCGCACAAGAUGUGUUCGUUUCUUGACUUGCUGGACUUUCACAAGAUGGCCCAGGAAAAGAAAAUUAGUGUCUGGAAAGGGCUUUUUGCCUUGAUGCUCAUUUACAAGGAGAAGAAUGUGGAUUUUGGAUACUUGGCGGAAAGAUUGUCGUACAGUUUUGUCACGGUUGCGAGGGAAUACACGAAUUCCUCUCGAGAUAAAACUCAUCAAAAAAACUGCUGGCAGUUGAUCACACUAUAUCUGGACAGUACACAGGAUGUGUUCGAACACAAAAAUAAACAGGACUUGUCUGAAAGUAAACUGAUUGCUGAUGGAUUUCAAUACCUUUUACAUUCGUGUCGUGACAAUGAACUCCGAUACUUGCUGAGCUUUGUACAGACAACUCUGGCGUCAUUAACGCAAAAGUACGGGGAUAGACCAGGAUUCUCAGACGCUGUCAGUGUGAUGUGGAAGCACGUGUUUAGUCACGUGAGGAACCUAACAUCUGACGGUCUGUGUAUCCAGUCGGUACCCAGUCCCUUAGCUGACACGUUGGCCGGCUUUACACUCUCUGCUCUCGACAGAUAUCCUGAGGAAGUCACUGGCACAACUGGGGUGACGUUUACCAGUCUGUUACGGGAUCUUGGUAUUAAAGACGAAAUGUCCGCAAGCUUUUGUUGUCGAUUCCUAUGUCACAUUUUACCCUGUCCUUCGGCAACGACGGCAAUUCAAGCAGAGAACAUGGAAAGAGACAUAAUCCACGCGUGGUUUAGAUGUCUGUUGCAGCUACCACCCUCUCAUGAAGGAUUAACAGAACUAACCAGGGCAGUGGGUAAAUUACCCGAGCUGGAGAAGCUACUGAGGGGCCAGCCUGGAUUCGGAACUGGUGAAAGUAGUGAAACAUCGUUGCAGCUAUUUAUUGUUGCGCUAGGGCGUCAUCACGCAUCACUGACAAAGUUUGACGACUCAAUCCAGUUCCGCGAGACAGUGCAGAGAUACCUGGGUGACGUCAUCAAGUAUGUUGACCACGUGCUAAAAGAUGUUGGACCUGCGAAUCUACUGAGGAUUGCAUAUCAUGUUGCUGGACUUCUGACCAAGCAUUGUUAUAAGAUCAUUUACAGCCGGACUCAACCCAGAUGUCUUUUUCCUCGGUUGGUUGACCAAUUUGUUCUCCCACUUCCUAACAGCAAGAAACCUGUUGCACCUUUGGUCAUGCAGUGUAUCAAAGCACACUUACAUCAGUUUCUACAGGGUCUUGCCUGCCUAGAUUUCAAGAGAGAUGAAUUUAUACGGAGAAAGAUUAAACAAAUAUUCAUCUCGUACUUUCGGCUUUUCAACCAGAUUUUGCCUUCGUCCUCUCAGGCGGCCAAUAUUCCGACUAAGAAUCCUUUUCUGGUAGUUCUCAAAGGAUCAUGUUUAACCAAUCCUGCACCUGAAAACAGCGAAUUCCGCCAAUUCGUUGUGGAGAUCAUUCAAGAGAAUUUCUUGUGCCUUCCGCAGCAGCCUGCGAAUCUAGCGACAACUUUGUCCUUUUUGGAGCAGUUAUUUCGGAAAACGCUCUGUUCUUCUGAGACAGCAAGAAACACCCCAGUUUUGCUGGAAUCUAUCAUGUUUUGUUUACUAACGUGUAAUCAGUUUACCGCGGGAAACGAACCCCCCGAGAUAAGAAGGCAAGCCACUGAAAUCUUACGUUUGAUGGUUGGAGCUUGUACGAAAACGCCGGAAAUGAACCCCAGGGAAGCUCUGUUGCCUCACUUAAGAAAUUUCUUGUACAGUAAAAUCACUCUGUACCAGGGUUUAGUGUUUAAAACACUUGAAACACUUGUCCCCUUCGACUCAGACCUCGUCACGGCGUUGAUACCCGCCUGUAAACAGGCUGUGAUACAGCUCGAACAGAAGAGGGGAGUGGGAACUGACAUGCAAUUGAGAUCUUCGUUUAAGUCAUUUCUGAGUAAACUUGGACACAGCGGCGGAGAGGCAAUCAAAGAUUUCGAGAAGGAAGAUACGGCCACAACAUUGAAUGUAUCCUGAUAGCAAUGGUUUUAAGAGAAGUGAUCAGUUGACACAAAUGCCCUGGAGAAGGACUUUACGAAAGCUGAAGAGGAAUUAAAGGCAACUGCGACAGUCGACGAAGUGAUUAAUGUUUUGGCUCAUAGUGAAGAACACGUUAGAAAAAAAAAUUUUCGUAAAAAGAUAUACAGAAAAAAAUGAGAGUGAAUGAAGUAACUAUUAUUUUCUCUAGCCUCAUUAUUAGCCCAUGUCACAUUUCACGUCGUGGAAAAUUUAAUAAUUUCGAGCAUGAAACAGUUGAUAUGCAUAAUGGGAGAGCUCACUGCGGUGAAGAAUCGUGUUUUUAUUUCUACUAAUUGUAUUCCAAAACCUACGGUAAAAUAAUAAAUCUCUGUCUUUAGAGCAAUUUUUGGGGCGAAGGACUACACCCUUUUUCUUCUUGAAUUCCACCCAUUCACUAAAGUUAACCCCCUGAAAAU